AUGGCUGACGAAAUCUUCCUGUCCGAUGGCGCGUCCAUAUCGUCGCUGCGGUCGGUCAACCCAUCCGUGAAUACCUUAGCUAAACUCACAAAACGUCUCCGAGCUAUGACCCUUACGCUUUUACCCCUCGAAGUCGAGCUUAGCAGUCUCAACGACCCAACAAGUCGUAUCAUUACCCCUCAGGUCAUCUCUGCGUAUAAAGCAGCUGCAGGGGACUUCACCGAAGCUCUGCCGUAUUGUCUUCUGAGAGCUCGUCAGCAAUUCAUGCUCGAUGCCAACCGGAAUGUGGCCGACUUCGACGAGAACCAGGGGCGAGCUAUUGCUUGUGAGGUCCUGGCUCGCAGAAUCACCCAUCAUGCUCCUGCGGACAGACUUACAAACAUCAUGUCCACACGGUAUCAGCACCGUCAAUCCGACGGCGAUAUCGAAUUGUCAAGUGCUUUGGAGCUUGCUAUCGACACGCAUUGUACAAUAUUCCUGUCCUCCAGCGAAUCUCAAGAUGUUGUCAACCAUAUCUGGCAAGGCUCCAUCGUACAGAAGAAUAACGAGAACCAUGAUAUUGAUUUCGUUCCCUACGACGAACACCGAAAACACACUUUCUGGGGCCACCUCAACUCAGACAGAAUUGCCGUACCUAGGUAUCAGAACGCCCUUCGUAUCGUGAUUUGGUUCGUCUUCUUGGCUGUAUACUCUCAAGCAGUCCGCGAGCCUCUGAACCAGCUUGAUCCCUCGUUCUACCGCACGAUCGACGGCUGGGAGCUCGUUCUCUAUAUACUGUCCCUCGCGUUCGCCUUCGAAGAUAGUCAUAAGAUCUACAAGCUACUCAAAUUUGCCAGCUACAAAGCCUUCAGCUUUUGGAAUAUAGUGGCCUUCAUUACUGAGAUGCUGCUCACCGCUGCAUUCGUUUUGCGCGUCGUGGGACUGACGUCUUCCGGGCCUACCCGUGACAUGUUGCGCUUGAGGAGUUUUCAAGUCCUGAGUUAUGUGUCACCCUUCAUAUGGAUGAAACUCAUAACUGUGUUUGAUGGAUACAAGUACAUUGGGACAAUGCAAAUAUGUGUCUCUCGUAUGCUUCGGGAAUCAGGGAUUUUCUUUGCCUUGUUAUCAGUCCUCGGUAUCGGCUUCCUUCAAGGACUUUAUGCUCUAGAUGCAGCGGACGGCCAGACAGAUUCGCCGGUGCAGGUUCUUAACGUCAUGGUUCAAGCUUUACUGCAAUCUCCUGAUUACACCGUCUUCGCCGGAAGUCCAGCAGGAAUGAUUCUGUACUACCUCUGGAACGUCGCGACGGUCAUCAUCUUGCUCAACGUGUUGAUCUCCCUCUUCUCCUCUGCGUACUCUGAUGUCGUAGAGGAUGCUGAGGCGGAGUAUCUCGCGUACUUUGCGGGCAAGACUAUUGGUAUGAUCAGGGCACCAGAUUCGUUCGUCUAUCCAGCACCGUUCAAUCUCAUCGAGGUCUUCUUCGUCGGUCCACUUGAACCCUGUAUGCACCCCAAAGCGUACACAACACUCAACCGUAUUGUCAUGCGCAUAGUCUUCUUCAUCCCCCUCUCCAUCAUCGCCCUCUUCGAAUCCACAUCCGCCAAACCCACAAACCAAUGGAUGUCAAACUUCAUGAACGGUGCUCCAGUGGAAGAAGACGAAGAUAAUCCUGCGGUUAGGAAUCCAGAUGUGGACGGUGAGGACGGGGAGAGUGGGUUGAAAAUAAGCAAGGUGCCGUUCGAGGAGUUGAUCAAGGUGUUUCCUAAUACGCAUGAGUCGACGGAGGUCACGAUCAUCAAGCAGAUUGAUGAGGUGAAGGCACAACUGGCACAAUUGAUGAAGAUGGUGGGAGAGAGGCAGUAGCGCGUUGCAUCUUCCAAUGUAUCGGUGAUGUACAAGGUUGACGAAUUCUUCUCGGACUGGGUUUCUACUGCUCGUGUACGGACACAGACUAUCGUCUAUAUCCACACUGUAUGGAUAUUGUGCUUUACAUACUCACGUUAGGUUCACGAAAUUCACGUUGUCAAGUACAUGUUAUGCUUUUACUAUCUGGAUCCACUAGUGUAUCACACAGAGGCUCUUGUUGACCUGCAUUGUUGUAUACAAGUUG